AUGAUGAAUCUGACGCUGUAUACGACACGCGCAGUGCUCAUCCUAGAUGCGGAUGGCAGCCGGGUGUAUGCCAAGUACUUCCAGCCGCCGCAAGAGACGCUGCAGGAGAACGGUGCGGCGAAUGCGGCAUUCGCACAGACGCUACCCCCCGGACUCGCGCCGCUCAUCGCCAAGAACCCAUACCAGACACUGAAAGAGCAGCAUGCGUUGGAGCACGCCGUGUGGGAAAAAGCGCGCCGCGCGUCCGGCGAUCUCUUCCAGUACGAUAACAAUCUCGUUCUUUUCAAGGCAUCCUACGACAUAUACGUAGUUGUGAUUGCGCCGGAGCGCGAAAACGAGCUGAUGAUGCACAGUUUCCUCGGCUCGCUCCACGAUGCGCUCAAUGUGCUCUUGCAAGGCCAGAUCGACAAGCGCACGGUGCUGGACAAUCUGGAUCUCGUCACGCUCGCUAUUGAUGAGUGUGUCGACGAUGGCAUCAUUCUUGAGACGGACAGCGCCGCGAUUACAAACCGCGUUACUCGGCCACGUGCAGACGCGACGGAGGUCCAGAUCACCGAGCAGACACUCAUGAAUGCCUACACCAACUUCCGCGACAGGUACGCCAUCGCCCGCCUGACCCCCAGCUUUGCCCAGCGUCUCGAGCGCGCGUCGCCCGCGUCGCCGAGUCCAACAGGGAUUGCUGCGAAUCCAUUUGUGCGUGCGAGUCUUGCGCGCGACGAAGAAAAGGUUGAGGAGAAGGCUCCUACCCCCCGUGCAUUUGGCAAAGAGUCGAGUUUUGCGGCUGCGAAGCGCAUGUUUAGCGCCGAUGCGGAGAACGAGCCACGGGGGAAAAGUGCUGCGCCGAAAAAUGCACCCCCCCAAAGCACUGCUGCCAACGAGACAUCGCUGCCGACGAUGCGCCUCGCGCGCCAGAGUCUUGCUACAGCGCCCAAAGACACUGGCCAAGCGUACGAGUACCUAUGCCACUGCAGCGAAGCGCAGCAGUGGAUCGAGUCGUGCAUCGGCGAGCACCUUGGCGGCGACAUUGCCGACAUGGGCGAAGAGAUGCGCAACGGCAUUGCCCUCGCCAAGCUUGCCAAGCACUUUGAGCCCGAGUGCGUUCCGCGCAUCUUUGUCCAUCCGCGCCUCCAGUUCCGUCACACGGACAACAUCAACUACUUUUUCCGGUUCGUCGACAAGAUCCGCCUCCCCAACUGCUUCCGCUUCGAGCUGACCGACCUGUACGAGAAGAAAAACUUUCCCAAGGUCGUCUAUACCAUUCACGCGCUGAGCUGGUUCAUGGCGCACCAAGGCCGAGCCGACAAGGUCGACGACCUCCUCGGCAAGCUCCACUUUGACCCCACGCAGCUGAGCAAGACGCAGAAAAGCAUCGAUACCGCCGGCGGCACGAUGCCGAGCUUUAGCGGUGUCGGCCAGGCGCUUGCGCAGGAAAUGGGCACGCGCACCGCCGCGCGCAAAGUCGACGCCGACUGGAUUAAGCCGCGUCAUACUACGCCAGCUUCUCCCGCGCCGCGCCCUGUCGACACACGCGCCCAAGAUGCGCUCGCACGCACCAUGGACGAUGAGCGCAAGGCCGCGCUUCAUCGCAGCAUCCAAGACGAAGCGCGCGCGCGCGCGCUGCAGCUUACACAGGAACGCGAGCGCAAACGCAUCGAGCAGGACAAGGAACGCGAGCGCGAGCGCCAGGCGCGCCAGAGCGAGCGUGAAAAAGAGCGCGAGGAGCGCCAGGCACGCCUCGAUGCCCUCGGCCGCGAGCGCGAGCUGCAGCGCGAAGCGCGCGACAAGGAGCGCGACAGCGAGCGCCAGCGCAAGCGCGCCGACGACGAAAGCGAGCGCGAACGCCAGCGCAAGCGCCGCGAAGAAGAGUACCGCCGCGAGCGCGAGCGCACGCAGCGCGAGCACGAGACACUGCGCGCUAAGGAAGCGCUGCUUGCCGAGGAGCGCGACGCGCGUGCGAAAGAGCGCGAGGCUGGCGAAGCGCGACUUGAGCGCGAGCGCGAGCGCGACGCACUGCUUGCGCAGGAGCGCCGCGACAAGGAGCGCUUCCAGCGCGAGCUCGAGUUUGAGCUGGAGCGCAAGCGCCAACUUGAAGAGCACGCGCAGGAGCUCGCCAAAGCGCGCGCAGAGACUGCCGCAGCCGAAGAGCGUCUGCGCAUGCUCGCCGAGGACGCCGCGCGCCGCGAAAAGCAGGAAAAAGACAAGGCGCUUGCGGCGCUUGCGGCGCGCCUCGGUGCGGCGGUGCGCGGCGCCCAAGCGCGCCGUGCUUUUUCCACCAUCCGCGCCGCAUUGCACGAGCGCAGCAGCGCGUAUACACCCAUCCAAGCGCAAGUCCGCGGCGUGCGCAUGCGCCAGCAGCUAGCGAGCGAGCGCAAGCGCGUUGCCGCACUUGUCUGCGGUCGCAUGGUUGUCCAGCUCCAAGCUGCCGUGCGCGGCGAGCUGUACCGCCGCGCAUUCUACCAGCGCUUUGAGACGCUCGACGCUGCCGAGCACAGUAUCGAGCAGUUUCAAGCGCACGCGCGCGGCGCCCUUGCGCGGCGGCGCAUCUUUGCGCUGCUCCUCCAGCUCGAGCGGCACAUGGGCGUGUUUGUGGGCGUCCAGGCCUCUGUGCGCGUGCUGCUCGUCCAGCAGCGCCUUCUUGGCAGCGUGCAGUCGCUGCGCUCUGACAUGGUGUGCGUUGUGCACAUGCAGGCGCAAGCGCGUGGCGCCAUUGCCCGCCGUGCCUACGCACAAAUGCGCGCUGCCUUUUGCCAUGCCGCGACGGUGCGCUCCGUCGAGCGCAUGCAGACGUCGCUGCGUGCUGCGCUUUCGCGCCGGCGCCACCAAGCGCUGCGCAAAGAAAUCACCAGGGUGCAGCCCGACUUCACGCAUGUCCAGGCUGCGGUGCGCGGCAUGCUUGUGCGCCAAGAGCACCGCUGGUGGACGGCGCAUCUGCACGCAAGCGAGCCCGUAGCCGUUUACUUGCAGUCGCUCGUGCGCGGCGUGCUUGUGCGGCGUGCCUUUGCCCGGAAAUGGGGCCACUAUAUUGCGCACCGCCACGACAUUAUCCACGUCCAGGCGCUUGUGCGCGCGCGAAAGCAGGCGCGCGACUAUGCGCGCCUGCGUGCGGUGCAUCCGCCGCUCGCCGCCGUCCGUGCGUAUGCGCAUUUGCUCGACAACAGCGACGAGGUCCAAGAGGCGCUUGCUGCCGAGCGUCUGCGCGCGGACAUUGUCCAGCGCAUCCGCGAGAACAAGGCGAUGGAGUCGGUCGUCGAGGGCCUCGAGACCAAGAAUGCCAUCCUCAUCCGCAACAAGAUGGGCAUCGAAGAAAAGGCGAUGCAGCGCACGGAGCGCGGCCUCCUGGGCGUCGGCGAAGUGCGCCACAAGCACUCUGUUCUCGCCGACGCCAACGACCCGUUCACGGAGCUCGCGCGCGAUCGCAGCAGCACGCGGCGCCGCGCGCUGUACGAGGCGCUCUUUUACCUUGUCCAAACGCGCCCCCAGUACCUGGCCAAGCUCCUCGUCCUUACCAACGAGGCGCAGGCCAUCAGCGAUGAGGACCGCGCGCAGUUUGAGCAGACGGUGCUUGCCAUCUUCAACUACGCGAGCCAGCCGCGCGAAGAGUAUUUGCUCUUGAAGCUCCUGCAGCGCACCAUUGUGGAGGAGCUCGCGAGCGUGCCCGAGCUCGGCGCGUUUGUGCACGGCUAUGCGCCGUUCCACCGCCUCCUUGUGCACUUUAGCCGCGGCGUGCGCGAGUGUGCCUACCUCGCGCAGCUCUUUGGCCCCCUCGUGCGGCGCAUUGCCGAGGAGCGCGACGUCGACAUGGAGAUCGAUCCCAGCGUGCUGCACCGCCAGCGUGUCGAGCACGAAGAGCGCGCUACCGGGAUGCGUGUGCCGCAGCCGCUCCUUGUCGACUUUGACGAGGCACUCAACGAUCCACACACCCGCACCGCCUUUAUCCGCCACCUCCAAGCGCUGCGCGAGAUUGCCGACCUCUUUUUGCACGCCCUCUGCGGCGCCGAGCCCCAAAUGCCCUACGGCAUGCGCUACAUUGCGCGCGAGCUCCAUCAUGCGCUCAUGGCGCGCUUCCCCGACGCGCCGCACACCGACAUUGUGCGCGGCGUCGCUGCGAUUGUGUACCAGCGGUACAUGCAUCCGGCCAUUGUCGCGCCAGAGAGCAUCUCGGCAAGUAUCCCGCUCGUGGAGGCGCUGCCGCGCAAGAACCUCGCCGCCGUCAGCCUCCUCCUCCUCCAGAUCGCGCGCGGCGUGCCGUUUGGCGACGACCAGCCGUGCCUGCAGCCGCUGAACGAGUAUGUACUGCAAAAUGCGCCGCGCGUGCAGCACUGGAUCCAGCACCUGAUCGAUACCUGCCCUGACCCAGAGCUCGUCUUUGGCACGGACGAGUAUACCGACGCGGCGAGCACACACGCCCCUGUGAUCUACGUCUCGCCCAACCAAGUGUACGCCGUGCAUCAGCUUUUGUGCAAUAACCUCGCAAAUCUAGUCACGCGCGCCGACGACCCGCUCCAGGCCAUGCUCAGCGAGCUUGGCGCGCCGCCCGUAUCGCACUCGAAAGAGCUCGACACUGCACGCAAUGCCGAAAUCAUGCUCGAGCUCUCGCGCCGCCUGACGGGCGUUGAGGACGUGCACGCCGAGGCGGGCGCGCUCUUUGUCGAAACCAAACGCCUCGUGCUUGCCGUGCUUACCAUCCAGACCGCCGACGAUCUCUUGCAGCUCUUCCUUGCGCCGGUCACCGAGGCUGACGAGCACGCGUGGGAGGCACAGCUUGCGCGUGGAAACCUGCGCGACUUGCAGCACCUCUCUUUUGCCGAGCUCAAGGCCGCCACGCUCGAAAACAUGCUGCGCCUCGAGCAGAUGGGCAAGGUGCGCCGCGUGUGGCAGUUUCAAGAGAUGCUCGACGCGCUCGCGCGCGAUAUUCGCAGCCAGCAUCGCCGCCGCGCGCACCGCCAUGGAGAGCUGGCCAUGCUCCAAGGCACGCUCAGCAAGCUCGCCGCGCACAACGCUUUCUUGCAUGUGCAAAUCACCGAGUAUCGCGAGUAUGCAGACCAGACGAUCAAGACGAUGCAGCGCCGCAGCCAUCCCUUCACGCUGCCGUUCACCAAGCAGUACUUCCACGUGCGCCAUCUCAAGGCGCAGGGUGCGUUGCCGCGCUUUGGCUCGUACAAGUUUUCCGCUGCGCGCCUCCGCGAGAAGCAGGUGCUGGUGCAUGUCGACGGGCCCGAGUACAUGCUAACCGACCAUGUCACGCUCACGAUCUCGUGCGAUGAGCCGGGGGUGUUUAUGAUCGGUGCGGCAGUGUCGGGGAUCGAGGCUGGGACGCAUACGCUCCGUAUGGAGGAGCUUCUUGAGGCGCAGUACAACGGCCAGCAGUCGCUGCAGGUUUUGGAUCGCGCGGUGACGCUGGAUGUGCCGCAUCUGGUCCAGCUGAUCAAUAAGAAGUUUUAUACGUAG